AUGGCAGAAUCGCGCUCGACGUGGCAGAGGAUGAUUGACAGCUUCAAGCCUGCUGAAACGCAGCCCUCACGGCUCCGCAGCGCGCGAUCGCGCUACGACAGCGCCGAUGACCGCGCAGACUCGAAGCAGAAAGACCUCAUGUCCGGCAGCGAGACUAAGGCGCUCGAGAACCUCGACAGUACGUCGCAGGAGGUCGAGGACCAGGAUGCGCGCUACAACAAAGACCUGUCCGUGCGGCACUUGCUGACGCUCGCGGUGGGCGGUGCCAUCGGUACCGGCCUGUUCGUGAACUCGGGGGCCGCGCUGACGACCGGCGGGCCGGGCUCGCUGGUCAUCGACUGGGUGAUCAUCAGCACGUGUCUGUUCACAAUCGUCAACGCGCUGGGCGAGCUCUCGUCCACGUUCCCCGUCGUCGGCGGCUUCAACGUCUACAUCUCGCGCUUUGUCGAGCCCUCGUUCGGCUUCGCCGUCAACCUCAACUACCUGGCCCAGUGGGCCGUCCUGCUGCCGCUGGAGCUCGUCGCGGCCUCGCUCACGAUCCGCUACUGGAACCACACUAUCAACUCGGACGCCUGGGUCGCUAUCUUCUACACCAUCAUCCUGUUGGCUAACCUGCUCGACGUCAAGUCUUUCGGUGAGACCGAGUUCGUGCUCUCCAUGGUCAAGAUCCUGGCCAUCAUCGGCUUCACGAUCCUGGGUAUCGUGCUCACCUGCGGUGGCGGGCCGAAGGGCGGCUACAUCGGCGGGAAGUACUGGUCCAACCCCGGCGCCUUUGUGGGCCACACUGCAGGCGACAGGUUUCACGGCUUGUGCUCCGUCUUCGUGACUGCCGCCUUUUCUUACUCUGGUACCGAGCUGAUUGCCGUCUCUGCCGCGGAGUCCGUGAACCCCAGAAUUACUCUGCCCAAGGCCUGCAAGAGAACCUUCUGGCUCAUCACAGUCUGCUACAUCGUGGUCUUGACCCUCGUUGGGUGUCUCGUUUCCUCUGACGACCCAAGACUUCUCAACGGCUCCAGCUCCGUCGACGUUGCCGCUUCUCCCCUUGUCAUUGCCAUUGAGAACGGUGGAAUCAAGGGCCUACCAUCCCUCAUGAACGCCAUCAUCCUGAUAGCUGUCCUGUCUGUGGCCAACAGUGCUGUCUACGCCUGUUCCCGUUGCAUGGCAUCCAUGGCCCAGAUCGGCAACCUGCCAAAGGUGUUCACCUACGUUGAUAGGAAGGGCCGGCCUCUUUACGCGAUUGUGGCGACCCUGAUUUUUGGUUUGCUGUCUUUCAUUGCUGCUAGCGACAAACAAGAGGAGGUCUUCACUUGGCUGAGUGCUCUCUCCGGCCUGUCGACCCUGUUCUGCUGGUUUGCUAUAAACGUUUCUCAUAUCCGCUUCCGUCGCACAAUGAAAGAGAGAGGAAGAACUUUGGACGAGCUGCCGUUCGUCUCCAUGACUGGUGUCUGGGGAUCCUACUACGGCUGCAUCGUGAUCUUUAUCGUUCUCGUUGUGUGCUUCUGGACUUCUCUCUUCCCAGGUGGAGGCGAAGGUGCGAACGCGGAGUCUUUCUUUGAGACCUACCUUUCGUUCCCCAUCCUGCUCGCGUGCUACUUCGGACACAAACUCUACACAAGAAGCUGGAGACUGCUGACCCCCACCAAAGAGAUUGACCUUGAUUCGGGUCGCAGGGCUGUGGACCUGGAGCUCAUGAAAGAUGAAAAGCGCAUUGAAGAACAAGCAAUGCGCCAAAAGUCAUUAUUUGCCAGGUUCAUCCACCUUUGGUGUUAA